AUGGCCAAAAGUGAUUGCGGCGACACUUUCGACCGACUGUCCGGCUUGUCGACGUCGGCCAAUCAGAUGGCCGGUACGCCGUCAGCACGAUUCUUGUUCUUGCCAUCCGCACCUGUGUUCGACGUCCACGCUCCUCUAUCCACCCUCUCCCCUCGAUCCGACACCGUCAAUCGCAGACAUGUUGGCCAGAUCCAGCCUGCGAUCCGCGCGCAUUGCCGCUGCAGCUCGCAACACCGCAACCCGCCAGUCCACGGUACGCUUGACACCUCUACACACGUCCGCACCUUCAACCACCCCCGACCGCCGGACCGCCCACGCGCUGCCUCUUCCUCCUCCGGUGCCGAGUCAUCCCAAUGGGCAACCACCGCCACUGCCUCUGCUGCCACCGUCUUCGCCGUCGGUUCCGCCGCAUGGUACUACUACCAUCUUCACGCCACCAAGUACCCUUGGGAGCACGAGAAGCUCUACAAGACCUUCGACCACCAGUCUCUCCGCAGAGGUUUCCAGGUCUACCAGGAGGUCUGCGCUUCCUGCCACUCUCUCAAGCGCAUUGCCUACCGCAACCUUGUCGGUAACUUCAUGACCGUCGACGAGGCUAAGGCCCUUGCCGAGGAGAACGAGUUCGAUACCGAGCCCAACGACGAGGGUGAGAUCGAUAAGCGCCCCGGAAAGCUCUCCGACUACCUCCCCAGCCCCUACAAGAACGACGAGGCCGCUCGUGCUGCCAACAACGGUGCUCUUCCCCCGGAUCUUUCGCUCAUGGUCAAGGCCCGCCACGGUGGCUGCAACUACAUCUUCUCUCUUCUUACUGGUUACCCCGAGGAGCCCCCAGCUGGUGCCGUUGUCCCGGAGGGUCUCAACUUCAACCCCUACUUCCCCGGUACCGGUAUCGCCAUGGCCCGUGUCCUCUACGACGGUCUCGUCGAGUACGACGACAAGACCCCCGCCACCACCUCGCAGAUGGCCAAGGAUGUCGUCGAGUUCCUGAACUGGACUGCCGAGCCCGAGAUGGACGACCGCAAGAAGAUGGGCUGGAAGGUCAUGGCUGUUGCCGGUACUCUCUUUGCUCUCUCCGUCUGGGUCAAGAGAUACAAGUGGACUGUCGUCAAGACCAGAAAGCUCGUGUACAACCCUCCCACCACCAAGGCCGUUCGCAACCCUUCAUCUCCCCGCGCUGAGGUCCACACCGAGGGCCAAGGAUUCCUCAAGUAG